AUGAAUUCUAUCGACUCCGAGGCGCAGUCAGUGUCCACCCCCAACCUGCCUGUUCAAGAUGUGGAAAAACAAGGCGAUGCCACCCGUCCCCAGAAGAAGCAGUCCGCAUUCAAAAACCUCGGGAUCCUCGACCGCUUCCUGGUUAUAUGGAUCUUUCUCGCCAUGGCCGUCGGUAUUAUCCUGGGCAACUUUGUUCCCAGCACAGGUCCUGCUUUGCAAAGGGGCAAAUUUGUUGGGGUCUCUGUACCAAUUGCUAUCGGUCUCCUCGUCAUGAUGUACCCCAUUCUGUGCAAGGUGCGAUACGAGUCACUACACGAAGUCUUCCGCACCCGUCAGAUCUGGGUGCAAAUUGCGUUCAGUAUAGUCCUGAAUUGGAUCAUUGCUCCCUUUUUCAUGUUAGCUCUAGCGUGGGCAUUUCUCCCAGAUGAGCCGGAGUUGCGCCAGGGCUUAAUCCUUGUCGGUCUGGCAAGAUGUAUCGCCAUGGUCUUAAUCUGGACGGGCCUGGCUGGUGGCGAUGGCGAGUACUGCGCGAUCCUCGUCGCUGUCAACUCACUCCUUCAAAUGGUCCUUUUCGCCCCGCUUGGCGUCUUCUUCAUCCAAGUUAUCAGCGGCGAUGCCGUCUCCUUUGAAUACGCCACCGCCGCAAAGAGUGUCGCCGUCUUCCUCGGCAUCCCCCUUGGCGCCGCUAUCCUCACUCGCUUUACGCUUCGUUACCUAGCAAGCCCGCGCUGGUACGAUACCGUCUUCCUGAAAUGGGUUGGGCCGUGGUCUCUCAUCGGCCUGCUCUUCACAAUUCUCGUCCUCUUCGCGUCCCAGGGCCGCCAGGUUGUCCAUCAGAUUGUGUCCGUUAUCCGCGUCGCUGCGCCGCUAAUUGUCUACUUCUCGACAAUCUUCUUUGUCACCUUCCUAAUCGCGUAUAAACUAGGCUUUGGAUAUCGGCUUGCCGCAACGCAGAGCUUUACUGCGGCGAGCAAUAACUUUGAGCUGGCCAUUGCCGUUGCUGUUGCUACGUUUGGGGCUGAUAGUAACCAGGCCCUUGCGUCGACUGUGGGGCCCUUGAUUGAGGUGCCGGUACUGCUUGGUCUGGUAUAUGCAGUCAAGUUUGUGGCGAAUAGACUGAAGAUGGAGGAUUAG